AUGGGCUCCCACGACGUCAUGCCCAGCCAGGAGCCUGGCGCCGGCGCUCCUCACGAAGGCAUGUCCGCCAGCACCUAUCUCAAGACGCGCUUCACCACCCUGCGCCCUGCCAUGCUCGACCUCCCCAACCCUAUCAAACUUCUUCGCAUGCUCAAUGCUCAGCAGUGGGCUUUCUUCUUCAUUGCCUUUGCCGCCUGGACCUGGGAUGCCUUCGACUUCUUCACAGUCUCCCUCACCGUCACCGACCUGGCCGAGCAGUUUGGCAAGACAAAGACCGACAUCACAUGGGGCAUCACCCUAGUUCUCAUGUUCCGAUCCGUCGGCUCCAUCAUCUUCGGUAUCGCCAGUGAUCGCUACGGCCGCAAGUGGCCGUUUGUCGUCAACAACUUACUCUUCAUCGUCCUGGAACUGGGAACCGGAUUUACCCAAACCUAUCCUCAGUUCUUGGCCUGCCGCGCCCUCUUUGGUGUCGCCAUGGGUGGUCUCUACGGAAAUGCCGCGGCCACCGCUCUGGAGGACUGCCCCGAAGCGGCCCGCGGUCUCAUCAGUGGUAUGCUGCAGCAAGGUUAUGCUUUCGGUUACCUCCUCUGCGCUGCCUUUGCCCGUGGCCUCGUCAACACGACUUCGCACGGAUGGCGGCCGCUGUACUGGUUCGGCGCUGCACCCCCCGUCCUGUUCAUCAUCUUCCGUCUUAUGCUCCCCGAAACAUCUGUCUACCGCGAGCGUGAGCGUCUCCGUGAAGAGGCCAAGCGCACCGGUGCCAACGGCGCCGACUCGGUCGGUUCUGUCUUCCUAAAGGAGGGCAAGAUUGCUGUCCGCAAGCACUGGCUCCUGCUUGUCUACCUCGUCCUGCUCAUGGCCGGCUUCAACUUCAUGAGCCACGGCAGCCAAGACCUGUACCCGACCAUGCUGCAGAACCAGCUGUCUUUCACCGCCAACCAGGUAACCGUCACCCAGGUCGUGGCCAACCUCGGCGCUAUGACUGGUGGAACCGUUAUCGGCUUCCUCAGCCAGUCCGUGGGCCGCCGCAUCAGCAUCAUCGUCUGCUGUAUCUGCGGCGGUGCGCUGCUGUACCCGUACACAUUUGUGCGCUCGACCUCCAUCAUGGCCGCCGCCUUCUUCCAGCAGUUCUUCGUGCAGGGCGCUUGGGGUGUCAUCCCCAUUCACCUGAUGGAGCUGUCGCCUGGUGCGUUCCGCACUUUUGUCGUCGGCACCUCGUACCAGCUGGGCAACCUCGUCUCCUCCGCCUCGUCGACCAUCGAGGCGCGCAUCGGCGAGCAGUUCCCGCUGCCUCCCACGGCCACGGCCAAGUCGCGCUACGACUACGGCCUGGUCAUCUGCAUCUUCAUGGGCUGCGUCUACGCGUACACCAUGCUCCUCACGUUCCUCGGCCCUGAGCACCUGCGCCGUAGCUUCGACGUGGUGCACGACCACGACGCCCAGGAGGCGGCCGGCUGGGACGCUGUUGCCGCGGCCCACGAGCGUCGCGCCAGCGAGAUUGACGAGAAGCUGGCUGCUAACCGCAGGGGCGAGCACGACGAGGGACUGCCCGCGUAA